GUGUUUGCGUGCGCGUGUGCGGAUGAUUCAGCAGCUCGUGCAGCGGCGGCAGCAGUCAGUCAGUCACAGCAGCUCCAGCCGGCGGAACCGGGACCUCCUUUAGAACCGGGACCAGCGGCUCUGACGGUGAUAUUACCCGCUGACUGUCCGCCCCUGUGGAGCCUCCAGAGGACCGGGAGACCCCGUAGAGUGUUCGGGAGUGUUUGGAGCCCACAGGCCGGAGAGCAGCAGCGAAAACACCGCAGCAGGACCACCGCCGUGUCGGAGCUCUUUCUCCUUCUCCCCGUGGAUUUUACCCGUCUCUGUUUGGACUCUUAUCUCCCUGUGUGGUUCCUCAGACUCUCUCUGUUUGGAUCUAACCGAACCUCGAACCUCCAGCUGCUUCAUUCAUCCACCUCCUCAAACACACGAACAUUUCCGCAUUUGGACCGUCUGAUGCUCCGUCUCCCCGGCAGGUGAGUUUCAGCCUCAGACCCUCCGGUUACAUAACAGCGAUAAAAACACACAUUUAAUAAUCUAAUCUAUAAUCCAGGGUUACCUGUCAGAUGAAACUGAAACAGACACACCUGAGAAACAGCUGCUUUAAUAACCAUUAACGUAUUAAAGGUGAACAGAGUUUAUUACAGCAGGGGGAGCCUGUUAAAACGAUAACUACCUUUAUAAUCAUUAAUGUAUCUGUAUUAAAGUCUGAGCCGUUUCAUAAACCCAUCUCUGUCUGUUUAAAUACAGUUAUUAAGAGAAAAACAAAUACAGUUGUUAAAGAGAUCUAAGUGAAAUGACACACAGUCAGUAUUUAUAAGAUACAACCGUAUGCAAACAAGAUACAAACACUAUAAUAAUAAAAUGGUUCAUUCAGAUAUUUCAGGUGUGUUUGACCUCUAUUUUAAAGUCUCAUAUGCUCAAAGGUAGUGAAGAGCUUUGCUAAAAUAUUAGACAUUUGACUUAUUUUCUACUUUACAAUAAUAUUUUAUGAUAAAACCUGAACUUAAACUACAAAUAAAUGAUUCUAUGAAUGCCAAAGAAGCUGCAAAUGUCCUAAAGUCUAUAAUUAAGUCUUAAAUUUUAGGUCCAAACUUCUAAAAACCCUAAAGGUUAUUAAAGUGAACUGAACAUGUGAACACGUCCUGAAUUUGAAAACCUUUGAGACUAAAUUAUUUUGAUUGAUUUUGUUCAUAUAACUUUAAACUUUAUGACUUUAAAACAAACUUGAAACAAACCUUUUUAGUCUUUCUUUUAACUAAAUUUUACAUCAUUACACUUUCAGUGUUUUAGCAUUUAUCUCUUUAUUGUUUUAAUGACAGAAUCGUCUUUUAUUGAGCUAUUUUAAUGCUCUUAUUUUAGUGUCUUUUACUGUUGUUUUUAUUUCAUUUUAUUUACUAUUUCUUAAAUUUCAUUCAGUGUUUCUUUGUUUUUAGAUUUUAAACCUCCAGGGUUUCCUUAUCUUGAGUUUUAAGAUGAUGUUUCCUCAGUGUUUCCGAGAAAUCAAACCCUUUUAAGUUCAUGUAUUUUAAUUCUGUUUCUGUUGCGGUUAGAUUUUGGGCUGAGGUAGAUUUGUGAUUUCUUUGUUUCUUUUAUCCCCUUGUCCGUGUAAAACACUUUAUGCUACAUCGUUUUUGUAAGAAAAGUGCUAUUGAAGUAAGGACUGAUUGAUGAUUGAUUGAUUGAUAUCAGGCACAGCAAGUGUAGGUCUUCUUUGGCACUAACAUGAGGUUCGUCGUGGUUUUAUCUGGUUUCAGUUGUCGGACAUAAAGACACUUAAGUGUUUUCUUCUGGUCUGAACUUGGACAGAAAGAGAAACUCUGUUUGUUUUAGAGUCCGAGUCCAUCUGGGGAAUCCCAACAAUGCUAAUGACCGUCUCAGCGUACGGACCGUCCACAUUUCUUACGUAUUUAACUCCAAUAAUCUCAUUCUUAAAUUCCACUCGUACUUUCCAGUAAUCCCAGUUUGACCUCUGACCACUGCAGACUGUGUCCAAUAAGAGCCCGCUCUAACAGAACCUGUUAUUUGGGUUGUAGUCUGGGACUUGGGUCUGAUCGGGUUGUUUUGUUUUGGUCUUUCCAUGUCACUGUGGUUUCUGAGCAGGUCAGUGUAGACGGUUAAUCGAAGUUUUGAGUUUUUUUUAAUCCUAAAAUUUUUACAGGAAUGUGUUUUACUUUUUUAGUUUUAGUUUUUAUUUAUUUCACCGGUUAUUAUCAGUCUUGUGAACUUCUUAAUACCCGUCUCGGUCUGAAGGUCCAACAUCAGUGUCUUCUUCUCCAGUUUUUACCUCUUUGUUGAAAACUCUUUGUCCUCUGGAUGUCCUGGUUUCCAGGUUUUCUGCCUCUUCUGGGUUCCUCUGCCUCUCGUUGCGCCUCCUUUGGUUCUGUUUAUUCUGGUUCCGGCUGUAGAAGCAGCAGAACAGAAGCUGGAUCCUUGGGGAACCUGCUGACGCUGUGACUGAUCCUUGUUUCGGUCCAUUAUCGUCUGGCAGAGGUCCAGGUGUUUCUUCCAUCUGUCUCUUUCUUUCUAAUGUUUCCGCCCCGCUGCCCUCUCUCUCUCUCUCUCUCUCUCUCUCUCUCUCUCUCUCUCCCUCUGCCGGGUGAUUAUUCAUCCUUCAGAUCUGUCCUUCAGCAGAGAGCAGAUAAAGUCAGCGAUGGAGAAACAACUUCACUUACUCGUCCUGUUCAGUUUAAUAUUCCUCCUUUUGAUAUGAGUAAUGUGCAUCCAGGAAGUAGACCGUACCCAGCCCCAGACUUUAAAAAUGCUGGGUUUUCAUAACCUGUUGCUUCUGUCACUCAGUUCGUUUACAGUCACAGUUAAAUCAGACUAAGCUCAUAAUUCGUUUUUUUCCUCUGAAUCCGACUUCUCUCCUUGUCCGCAAACAAACUCUGUGCCUGUCAGGAAAACACAAAUGUUGACUCCUAAAUUCACCGUCAUCUAUUUUUGUCGACAGCAUCAACAUAUCUUUGCAGCAACGCUUUAAAAAGUGGAAAAAGUUCAUAAAACUGUGUUCAUUAAAUCUAUAUUUUUGAGCCCCUGCAAACUUUAGUGAAGUCGUGAACAGCUGCUUCCUCCAGGUAAAUAAAUCUGCAUGCUAACGCUUCAUUAGAGUAUCAGGAACUCUUCGUCGUUUCUUCAGGGGUAAAGAGGAUGAUGAAGAUGAAGACGCAGAGGGGAGCGAAGUUUGGCUCCAGCUGAUUAAAGAUGAAUUUCUCCAGAUUGUCUCAGGAAACAAAAACACCUCGGCUGAAACAGGAAGUUCACUUUAUUCUGUUCGGUUUCCUACACAGUCAUAAACUGCUGGCGGCUCUUUUCUCCCAAACUGAAUUAUGCACAUUUACCUCCAACAAAGCUGAAUAUUUGAAGACUUGUUCAUGUCCCUGAGGACCUCGUGUCUCUGUCCGGCACUUGAGGACGAGUGUGGAGGUCACAGGGACGUGAAAUAUUAAAGAGAGAGGCUCUGACGUGACUCCGGGCCUCAUUAAUCUCUGAGCUUUAUUGGUGAGGAGAAGAAUCGUCAGCUAAUGAGUGGAGGCUCUCUCUCUCUCUGCUGACUGUCCGCUUUGACGACAUAAAAUUACUGACCUCUCUCUCUCUCUCUGUCUCUCUCUCCGUCUCUCUCUCUGCUGAUUCUCUCUUUCCUCUCUGGAGCUGACUCUGUUUACCGUCUCUGUAUGACUCUUUGUUUGCUCUCUCUCUCUCUCUCUUUGUCUUCUCGCUGAGGUGAGAGUGGGCUCGAGCAGCUCAGUGUUUGGGUGGAAUUUCAUUUAUUUACUUUCAAGGAAAAAAGGAAAGAUCUGCUAAUCUUGUUUGAAUACAUUUCUGCUCGGCAAAGAGGCUUAAGAGCUCGGACUCUCGUUGUUUCUUGGGUUUGAUGCAGAUCUCGUUUUAAGUUUUCUGUGUUUAACAACAAAAAUGUAACCGAGACGAUGGAUCGAACUGAGCUAACAGAAAUCCUGACUCUGCACAGGAAGAGUUGAUUUGUUGAAGGGUCUGACAGUCCGAUAAACUCCACAGCAGGGCCGAUCACUCCUCUGGACAGUUCAAAAGCUGCAGUUCCCUCAGUGUCCACUAGAGGCUGGCUCUUAAAGUGCAGGACUGCCCAUUCACACCCAUGACAAAGUGACUGAUUUUUACAGGUAGCACGUUUCUGCAGAUCUUGAUGCUGCAGAUUCAGGACUGCAGAUCUAAGACCCCCCAGUUAGUGCUUUGGAUCACCAAGGACCGCAUUUUAGUCGAAUAAGAAUCAAAAAUCCAAACGUUAGCUUCUACACUAAUCUCAAAUAUAACUGUCGGAAAUACACAAGGGUGCCAGAGAGGAGGUCCCAGGAUUGUGGUCUUGAAACUGCAGCAUCUUGGUAGGACUUAAAGGGCCUUUCACACCGGGAACAUUUUUGUCGUGCGAUUAUUUCGGACGUCACUAUUUCUUUCAAACCCGUAUCCUGUCAAUACAAGCGUUCACAUCAGCGAUGUUUUCCCGUCCUGCGAUAUUGCGGCAUUUAUCUUCUCGUAUCAUGGCCGAAUUUUCUAAUGUUGCGCAGACUGUGUGUCCACUUCUGACCAAUCAGAUUUCGUGUUGUUGCGACAUCUGAUUCACCGGUAUAUCCAACAUGGCCGACCGGCAAUGAAUUCUUCUUCUUCAGUGUCUUGAGUUAAACAGCUGUGCGGUUUCGGCAUCAAGCGCGCCCGGAUCCCUCUCGUCAUUAUCCGAGUCAGUCUCGUUGCUGUUCCCGGUACUUUGAUGAUUCCAGCUCAGACGACGGUUACCGUAAUGCUAUGAAUAUCCACUGAGCGGAGCAGCUUUGUUGCUAACCGAAAUUGUACUUACACAUUUCAACAGAUUUUUGAAUGUAUUGUACCACAUAAAACCGGAUUAUAAGGCGCAUCGUCAAUUUUUGAGAAAGUUUAAGGAUUUUAAGUAGAGCUGCAGCUAUAGAAAGUUUUAGUAAUCGAGUAUUCUACUGAAUAUUCUAUCGAUUACUCAAGUAAUUGGACCCAAACGGCAGACUAGCAUAGUUAGAUUUCCUAUAACCCCACAAUGAAGGCCAGACUUAGAGAAAUAGAGGGCAGUCGUGGAACAAGUGUGUGCUUUAGCGGAUUGAAAUGCUUGUAAGAAAGCUAAUUAUGAUAUUAACUUUCAUCAUGUCCCUAAAGACAUUAGUGUCCGAGAGCUGAAUAACUCUGAUGUUACCUGAUUCUGCUACGACACCAGCGAUGUUAGGCUACAAGCUAACGUAAAGAGGAGUGUACAGAGUCGCUAGGUUGGCAACACUGAAAGAAAAGCCCGUCUCAUCGUUUAUUUUUUCUGCUCCGCAAAACCUAAACAGCGCUAACUCCUCCUCCUGCCGUGGUGACGUAAGUGCGUUGUGUCACCUUCAAGAGAAUCCGUGUGAAACAGCGACGAUUUGAGCUGAGAAAUGAGAACUGGAGGCAGAGAAAAUUCCUCGAUCAUUAUUUGUAAUCGAGGUAUUCGAGGUAUUCGAGGAAUCGCUUCAGCCCUAAUUUUAAGUGCGCCUUAUAGUCCGAAAAAUACGGUAGAUUAUUAUUCAAAGUUUCACGUUUUCUACUUUAUUUCUUAUUUUCCAAAGUUUCUCCUCAUAGUUCACUCCCUCCUCUCUUCUCAUCAGUCUGCUCUGAAAGAUAAUUGAUGUUUUCUGUCUCUCUCUCUCUCUCUCUCUCUCUCUCUCUCUCUCUCUCUCUGGUGGUUUUUUUUGGUGGCAGGAAGUGUUGGGUGAAUCUUCCCAUCUCUCCGACUCUGGGCGGUGACUGUCUGAAGUGUUUCCUCUGUCUGAUCUAAUCAUCUCAGCCCAGGAUGCUUUUACUCAAACACUUAGCGGUGGGAGAGGUUUUUUCGAGAAGAUUACUGCAGAGGUAGUUUAGUUUUUCGGUCGCCCUGCAAGACAAAAAAGAGGGGAAACAGUUCGUGUUUGUCUCUGUGUGCAUGUUUGAGGAUUUUCAUGGUGUUUCACUCUCUCUCUGUCUCUCCAGGCUGAAGUUUUCAGGAUUAUCAGGAGGGAGUUAGCCUGUCAGGAGUUUAGCGCAGAGCUGCAGAGAGAGAAAGAGCUGCUUUGUGGCAGAUUAAUGAUGGUGGUGGAGGGGAGAGAGUGGAGGUACACAGCUCUCUGCACAACAGGGAUGUUGUCUGUGCCAAGUUGCUAUGAAACCAGAGGGACAGAGAGGGGGAGGGAGAGAGAGAGAGAGAGAGAGGGCCCCCCAACAUGUGCAGCCUUCAGGUCCUCCUCAUGAGGAGGAAUUCAGAGGAAACGGUUUCUGAAGAAGCUAAAAAUACGAGGUUGGAGGUUUGUAAAGGCUCUGCUGCAGGGACGAUAAACCACCAGAUAACAGUUUUUCUGAAGCUUCUCUGUAAGCAGCUGUUUACAGUGAAGCUGAGACUGACCGGGUACUAAAUCAGACUGAGUCCACCCUGUUGUUACGGACGUGGACGCUCAGACCGGUCUGAGACUCACAGGGUUUCCUAACCCUGAGGUACAUGUCAGCUCAGCCUUUAUGUAACUAUUUAAAGUGAAACUGAGACCCUCCAGGAAUAGAUCCGAUGGUGAACCAGGACCUGAGCGGGCCAGUGGGUUCAGACUUGACUUUGCACAGGUAGAUCUGGUCUGUGUCGGUCUGUGGAGCCUCAGAUCGGAUUUUAACACGAUCCCACAUGACACCGUUAAUAUAGUUUACAGUUUCUCAGGAACUAAACCGUGUAUCUCUACGGGAUAAAAAGUGUUCAAAAGUUUACCCUUUUGGCGAUCUUUUGGCGAUCUAUCGAGGGUUUCAGGACAUUUCUACACCUGCCACAAGGUUUACAAUCCAGCCACAAAAACAGGUGUUUGAUCAGAGACGUUUGAUGGUAAAUCUGCAGUGAUAUACGGUGAAAACAUGAUUAUUGAUCCCAAUAUUUCUUCUCCUGAUAGCCAAGACCUGAGAGAAUGAUGUGCAGGUGAGGAAAGACUCGGUGACUGUAGAUUUAUUUUUAGAUUUAUCACUUUCUGUUUUUGUUUUUUGGUCGACUUUGAUGGUUCUGAAUCUACUGUCACAUUUAUUUGACAUCAUUUUCGCUCCAUAAACUGACAGCUGAGGUCUGUUCUCAUUGGUUGAUUGAUUAAGAUUGAUCGUUAAGCAUCUUCUAUCUAAUCAAAGAUCUUCUUAACGAUCAUCCUGACUCAGUGACUUCAGAUUUCUGCGGGUUUGGGGACUAUUUUCAGUGGCGGAUUGAUCCAGCUGUGUUCCUGUGAUUUGGCAGGAUUAAAAAAGUGUUUGAAGGAAACACCUGAACUUCUUCUUCUUCUUCUUCUUCUUCUUCUUCUUCUUCUUCUUCUUCUUCUUCUUCUUCAGUUCUCCUCAGUGUGUCGUUCCUGUCUGGGUGUGUUGGAGGUGAAGCUGACGUCUGACUCUUCAGAUCAGACUGUUCUCUGUCGGUCUGUGGGCGGAGUUCAUUCAGGCAUGGUCCUGCUCUAUUCAGCCAUUCAUUCACCCUGUGUGUGUGUGUGUGUGUGUGUGUGUGUGUGUGUGUGUGUGUGUGUGUGUGUGUGUGUGUGUGGCUGUAAGUGUGUGUUUGAGAGAGUUAAAGAGAGGGGGAGGGUGUGUGUGUUUAUUGGUUGGUUUUGUGCCCAACAAGACGAGGCAUUCAUGCUGUGUGUGUCAUAAACAGCCUGAAGCCGGGUCUGAAUGUGUGUGUGUGUGUGUGUGUGUGUGUGUGUGUGUGUGUGUGUGUGUGUGUGUGUUCACAGGUGUGUUGUUUCAUCGUUGUUCAUUCAUUAGACUUUAUUAACGAGGUUCGAACCCACAGGUCUGUAAAAUCAGCGACAUUAAAGCUCCACUCAGGAGUUUUUCUGGUCUUCUCCGGCUGUAAGAAAAACCUGUCCUCCUCAUGCUUCAUGGAUCAGAUAUCUCAGUCUGCCAGACGCCCAAACACACACCCAGCAUCCGCCCAGUAACCAUGAAUAAUACACACACACACACAUGCACACGCACACAGAGGCUAAAUGUGGAGCCUCUAUUUAGAUCCAGAGUCGUUCUGACUGAGCUGGAGUCAAAAACCAGCUGCUCUGGACUGGAUGGAGACUCUGCCUGACCUUCACUGUAGUGAUGAUGAUGAUGAUGAUGAUGAUGAGGAUGAACAGAGUUGUAUCUUUGACUCAGUUCUUAUUCUUUAAACUCUUCUUUAGUACAGAUGGCUGUCUUCAACUUUAAAGUCACUAAAACAAGUAAAACUGUCAGAAGAGUUUGUUUCUGUGAACUCAGGAGAAUAUAUGACCCCCAAACCUCUUCAAAUAGAGACUAAACACAACUCACCUACUCUCUUCCAGCAGAUGCUUGUUUGUAGAGAGACCUCAGGCCAGUCCAUUACAGACUACAGCGGGGUGCCGCAGCUCAAGGAAGAACAUUUAUGAUCAUUUCUUUAUCAUUUCCUUGAAGUAAUAAUCACCAUAUUGAUCAUUUUACAGACGCAGUAGUUCUUCUGUCUUAGCGUCUCGGUCUGAUUGUAUUUCCAUGAAGAAAUGAUCAAAAAUUUUCUUCCUUGAGCUGUGGCACCCCGCUGUAGUCCGUAAUGGACUGGCCUGAGGUCUCACUACAAACAAGCGGCUGCUGGAAGAGAGUAGGUGAGUUGUGUUUGUAUGUCCUGUUGAUGAAGUUAGGUGCUGUUCUGAGCAUUAUUUAUGGCUAUAGAGUGGCGUUUUGGUUGGGGGCGUGGCUCUCUGUAUUUCUAUCCUGCGGUCGUUACUAAAGUUGGUAUAACUAGAGAAGUAAGCGGUCGGCAACAUUCAUCUCUGGAGGGGGGGUCUAACUCGGUGUGUUUGACCCUAAAUUAAUUUUACACCGGAAUAUCCCUUUAAGAUGAUGGUUUUACCUCAGAGUUGAAGACAGAGGAGGAGGAGGAGGAGGAGGUGGUGUUGCUCUGCCCUCUGCUAAGAAUAUCUCCGUCCUCUGAUGAUCUGCAGGUAGACUCCAUCUCUCCAUCAUCUCUCUGAGGAGGAAACGAGGACAUGACGGAGAGACGAGGAUACGUGUGUCUCAUUAUCUCCUCUGAAGUUUGUCUUUUCGCUCGUCUUAUCAGCAGAGAGAUAAAACAACCCGGUUACAUCAUCCCGACCUUUGACCUCCCCACUGCAGCACACACAGUUUCUCUUUCACCGUAGACGUGGAAGUAUGAGAUUUCUGAACACAGUUAAAAGUGUUUUUUAAAGGCGGUUUCAUUUGGUCUUUUAAAUAAAAGUUAAUUUAAGUGGUUAAUUAUUAAUGUGGAUCCUAAAAGACUGAGGCUCUAAGAUGGAACCCUGAGGAACACCUCUGUUAGUUUCACAGUCUUAACUGAAAAUGUUCUGAUUCUGGAGAUUUGGGUUUUAUUAUUUUAUAUUUUAGUCUUUUUUUUAGAUAAAUGAACAAAUUAGGAAGAAAAAAGUCAACUUAAAGUAGAUUUUUAAAAACACAGAUCAACUUGUUUUUUUAGAGUUGGUCUGUUUCUAAUCUAGUUUGAGGAAACGUGAUCUCAAACUUUAGCCCCGCCUCCUCACCUCUUCUCUUUAUCGUGUUUAUGAUUCACACUCCGAGUUUAUCAGGUUUCUAAUGAUCCGUUUAUCGAUACCUGAUAACGUUAAUGAUCCUGUUGCUGCUGGCAGAGCUGCUGAACUUUGACCUCAGAGUGAUGAACGGUGUCCAGUUUUACAGACUCAGCAGGGUCACUGCCGCCGACCAUCUGCUCUGUCUCGGCUCCAUCUGUGAGGUUCUGCUCUGGCAGCUUCGGGCCUUUUCUCAGUCUGAGGGUGUGAAUGAAAUCUGAGUCACUGACUGUGGAGGGACUCACCUGAGAGACCGAAGCUGUGGUAGUGACCAAACUUUGAGAGUUAGAGCUGCAGAGGAAGAAGUGACCUUCAGGGUUUGUUCUGCUGUUUGAGGUGAAACCACAGACGGACUGGGACCAGUAGGAACCUCCAGUAGAUGUAAGAGUGAUGAGGACUCAGAUGGAUCUCUGGCAGACGGCCCUGGUCUGCUUUCAGCUGAGUGAGUGGAGAACUGGAGCAUGAGGACAUCGAUGACACAGAGGAUGACUUAAUGGACGGACUGUAAAAAAAGGAAGAGGAGGAGGAGGAGGAGGAUAACAGACUGAUAGAGAGGGGGAGGGGGUCAGUGGGAGGAGAAGGAGGUCAGGGAUGGACGAAUAGAGGAGGACAGACAAAGAUCUGAUCGUGGUCUGAUGACUGUUUGAUAAAACCUGGUCUCACAAGAACCUGCAGAUUCACGUUCAAUAGCGCGAUAACAAGUUGUCUCUAUAAAAACAGACACAUAGACAUAUAAGCAGUAGAUUGUGUCCUUCCAGAGGAGGAAAUCUACUUCUAGAAUCACAAAGUGUUUUAUUUUGAAAAGAAGCCGGAUGUUUUAUUUUGUGUCUGUGCCCGACUUCCUUUCCAGCACGGGUUAAUCUGUGCUGAAUUUAUCCGCCAUGCUAGGAUACGACCUUUUAAUAGACGUUCAGGAUGAAGGUGGAGGUUGGGGGUCAGUCCAUCUUUCUGGAUCAUCUUCUCUCUUUAAAGAUGUGGGACAAAGUGUCCAUGAUGUCCAAAAAGGUCGUCCUGUGGUUUCCAUGGUUUCCUUGUUGUGAUCAGAUUUAAAAUAGUUGUGUAAAUUAUUAGUGAACAGAUUAUGUUGUGUUUUCUUUUCGUUGCUCUUUUGAUUUGGAUUUUAGUGAUAUUAAAUCAUCGUCGUGGUCAAACUUGGACUUGUGUUUUUAAGAUAAUAAAUAAUAGAUGAUAUAAAACGGACUCUGCAGCAGCUGAAGCUCUGCAGCUUUACUUUCCUGGCUGCUGGGCCGUGAAUCCAUUAGUGAGAGUGACUCGUAAGCACGGUACAUCAUGGGAGCCGUUAUUGAUCAGCUGAUAUCAGGAGGGCCAAGGUCAGGACACGUCAGCAAGAAACCUGCUGCAGAUCCAGAGACGGACCACACAGUGUACAGGAACACAAACAGGCCUGGAGAUUUUCCUCUGAUGGAGCGAGCGCCCUGGUUUAGCAGUGAGAGCGCAGAGACAGGUGUGCAGAGAGAGAGAGAGAGAGAGAGUCAUUAUCAUUGUGACCUUGUUCAUCCGUCUCAGAGCCUCCUGCGUCCUUCUGCUGCAGUACUCUCACACAAACAGCUCUGACUGCAGGAGUGGGCCGCCCGCCGCUGUGGUCGGUCUUUUCUGUUUCUGUGACACAGCAGAGGAAGUGAUGAGUCAGCUGAACGCAGAGAUUCCUAUGGAAACAUUUUCUGAGUUUGACACGUUUGGUCGUCUCAUCAGGCUGCAGGUCUCUGCAGGUUGUGUAACUCCGUGGUCGUUUACCUCCUGAUUUCUCCGAGAAGUCUCCGUCUGAUCCUCAGUAUUUCUAUUUUUGACCCCCGCAGCCCCGCGGGGCGUGCAGAUGAUCAUAUUCUCUAAUCUUCUCUGAAAUCACAAGUUUUCGAUCCAUCAGACUUUCCUCUCCGCCGUGGGAGAUAACCACGUCAGCUGUUCGAAGUUAGACGUCCACAGGAGCUCGUGACGCUCUGUGGGGCACUAUUUCAGGGUACGGUGGCCCUGGGCGGACAAAUGACUGAGGUUAACUGACUUAAUCACCAUGUGUUCAGACCUGAGGGCAGAGAGAGAGAUGUGAUCCUGUUUGGAUGAUUACGUAUGAUGAGACAGAAGGAGGGUUUGAUUUCUCUCCUUUUUUAACACGUGUGUUAAAGUCAGAUGUGCAGAAACAUAACAGAGGUGUGUGUGUGUGUGUGUGUGUGUGUGUGUGUGUGUGUUUUCAGGUUCAUGAUGUUCAGCAUCUUUUUAAUACGUAAUCUCAAUAAUAGAAAACAAACACAUGAGACAAACUGUUAUGAAAUAUUUAGAGAUAUGAAACUAAACGUCACCAAACAAAGUCAGUUAACUAAAAAAAUACAAACUAAAGAAAUAUGAUAUUUCAUCUGUGUUUGUGUCUCAGGUGAACUGUCUUUUCUCUCUUCUCUGUUAUUUGUUGGUUGAUGUUAUUUAAUGUCACGUCUCUUUAAAAGUGUCUGUCAAGAUAAACUCUGAACAAGGUUAGCGACAGAUUUACAGCAGAGCCUCUGAAUAAUGAUUGACAGCUCUGACUCAGUGGAAAAAUCCACCACACACACACACACACACACACACACACACCCACCCACCCACACGUGUCACCUCUGUGUGUGUGUGUGUGAGUGUGUGGUUGGUAAAACACUAGCUCACACACACACAGAGACCACACCCGGUGUAAAAACAAUCAGCUGCAGUUACUGCAUGACAAAACCUUCAGAUAGAGAUCAGACACAUGCUCUGUAAGACACGCCCAUCAUCACAUCCUGCAACAGCUCUAAACACACACACACACACACACACACACACACACACACACACACACACACAUGCACAGGUGAGACAGGAUUCAGGCCCUGGAGGUUUUAAAAACAAGGCCGGCUUGUUUCAGGCCUGCAGGGCUGUGAGACUGUUUGAUAUUAAAGUCAGAUUCUGGGUGGAGUCAGACUUUCUCUUUCUGCAAAGUGAUCCGCUAAAGGUAACAACGAUAAUGAGAAUAAACUACAGCAACAAUAAUAUAAACUACAGCAACAACAAAAUCAACUACAGUUACAACUAUAUAAACUAUACAACCAUGAAAAGAAACUACAACAACAAAUAAACUACAGCAGCAACUGUUCAAACUACAUCAACAAUAAUCUAAACUAUAGCAAAAACAGAAUGAACGACAGCUACAACUAUAUAAACUACAUCAACAAAAAACUACAACAACAACAAAAUAAACUACAGUAGCAACUUUAUAAACUACAUCAACAAUAAUAUAAACUACAGCAACAACUAUAAAAACUACAGCAGCAAUUUUUAAGAAAUACAGAAACAACAAUUUAAACUAAAGCAACACCAAUAUAAACAACAGCAACAACUAUUUAAACUACAGCAACAACAAAAUCAACUACAGAGACAACAAUGUAAACUAUACAACCAUGAAAAUAAACUACAACAACAACAAAAUGAACAACAGUAGCAACCUUAUAAACUACAUUAACAAUAAUAUAAACUACAGCAACAACAAUGUGAACUACAGAAACAACUAUAUCAACAACGGCAACAAUGUUAUUAACAACAGUAACAAUGAUAUCAACGAAAGCAACAACAUAAUAAACUACAGCAACAACAAUCUAAACUACAGAAACUACUUUAUAAACUACAGUAACAAGAAAGUCGACUACAGCGACAACUUUUUAGACUAUAGCAAAAACUACAUAAACUACAGCAACAAUAAUAUUCACGACAGCAACAACUUUAUAAUUUACAGCAACGACAAAAUAAACUACAGAUCCACCCUUUUGUACGGCUCUCAGUUAUGAACCAAUCAGUGAUUCUCUUAUUCCGAUGUCUGUCCAAUCACCUGCUCCUUUUUUAUUGUUGUUUCUCAAAGAUCAUAUUUUUACUUUUUUGAUGCUCUUUGAUGUAAUAACCUGAAAACCUCUAAAACAAAAUGGCUUCUUUCCUCUACAGCUAAUCCUGCUGAGUGUCUCCAUGGUGAAGUGGGCGGGGUCUGAUGUCAGCCCCUCCUCUUGACAACCCUCCCGCCAUGCCCACCAUGGUUUCUCGACUACCCAAGUUUGGGUCGCGGCCCAAACAGGAUGCACUUUCAAAUGGCGCUCAGACCGGGCCGACCGCCGCCACCAGCACCCGCCUCACCAACGGGUUCUACCACCACCCAGGUCCGGCGGGGGUCAACGGCAGUUUAGCCACGCCUCCCGCUGCUUUAAAGCAAAAUGGAUUCCUCAGGGUGCCGACGUCUUUCUCCAUGAAGUGGAGGAAAGAGGCGGAGACUCAGGACGAGGGGAAAGGUGGGAAAGUCGGACAGAACCGACCCGUUAAGAAUCAGUACUUUUCCCAGCGGCAGCAGGGGUCCUGGAGUGACGCUAAAAAGCCAACCACGACUUCUGCAGGAAAGGGGCGGAGUUUUAGCCAUCAGGGGGCGCCAUCAUCAGCAACCCAGUCUAGUAUCAGAACCCAUCCUGUCUCUAAAGGUGGAUCUCCUGGUUCCAAACCGGGUCAGACUUCGUUUGGACUGAUGAACGGUACCAAACAGGUCCUGAACGGUCUUCCUGGACCCAAACCACGGAGCUGGUCCCACAACGACUCCCUGAGACAGAGUUUUACACACUCUGGUGGUACGAGGCCCAGUUCUGGUCCUGCUUCUCGGUCCGGAUCGCCCCUUCAGAAGAAACAGCCCGCUAACCGGUCCCACUCCAGUGACAGCCUCGGGGUCACUCCGUCCGUCCCGCUCACUGAGAGCGAUCGCCUUCGGUCCCGGAGCCUCACCCAGGUCAGGCGGCAGCCCUCACCCGGCCUCACCCCGUCCUCCACCUCCUCCUCCCUCUCUCAGACCUCAGCGAAAUCCCCCGUCACCAGCCGGACGCCGGGAGGCGGGGCCAAAAGUCACGGUUCUCCGGUGAGGUCAGGCGGCAGCAUCCCCGCCCUCCUGCCUCCCUCAGCCUUAAAGAAGCCCCUCCUACUGAGCCAUGGCCCCGCCUCUAAAACCAGCGGAAUCAGCUAUAAGCUGUCACGCCCGUCGCUCAUCAAACAGUCCCGCCCUCUCAGGGUGACGACAGCCAAUGAGCACGGAGGUGACCAUGAACUGCAAACAAGCCGAACAACUUCAUCUGCAGAGACCAGCCCAGGUAACGACGAGUCUCCGAAAACGUUUCUCACCUGUUUUUACGCUGCGCUCGAUUUAUCCCUCAGAAGUCAGAUGUUGGAGCUGAAAAUGACUUCACACCAGAGUUCCCAGCGUUUCAGUUAACAAAUCGGAGGUGAAAACAAGAUGGCUACAUCUACGAAAGUUAGCACUAAAGUAACUUUCGUAGAUGUAGCCAUCUUGUUUCCGCCUCCGAUUUUGCUUUUUUCCGACUUUGUAACUGAAACGCUAGGAACUUCGGUUGUGACGUCAUUUUCAGCUCCGACAUCUGCAGCAUUAAUCUGAUCUUAAACUCCGCCCCCUUUCAGAGAGCUCCCCAGAAGCUCCAGAGACCGAGGGGCUGUCUGCAGAGCCCGUGUCCAAGGGAGAGGUGUCGAUCAUGGGGGAGACGCUGGAGGACAUGUCCCUGUCGUCCAGCUCGUCUCUGGAUAGAAACGACACCAGUCAGGAGUACAUGGACGACUUCGACAACUUGGGUACGAAACCACACAAACGAUCACAGAGUUAGUCCAGGCAGGCUGACAGCUCGGCCUCUUCCUGUCCACAUCCUUCAUCUUAAACAGCGUUUUUUUUUCUGGGUUUACAGGAAACGGAGGCGUGGGCAUCCUGCUCCUCUCCGCCAAAAAUGACGAAGAUGACUCAGGUCUCGACCAAUCGUGUGCCAGGUUUGACGAUGACAAAUCAGCUGUUAAUGGUGUCACCAAGGCAACAGGGCUCUGCUUCCUAGACGAUGGUGUGGACUGGGCCGGUCUCAGGCUGAACGGUGAGCUCUAAAAGGUUAAAGCACAGAGGAAGUGAGAAAAGUCUUUUAGUUAAACAGGAUCAAACUGAAAUUUAAAAAAGUGUAAAAUGACCAAAAACUAAAUCGAGUUUUAAGACAAAUUCUUCUUCUUCCAGGUGAGCAGGGCGAGCAUCGACUGACCCGACUUCCACAUCGCAGGAGGACCAGUCAGCCCGACUACCAUGAGCAGGUACUUUCUGAAGCUCCUUAAACCUGAACUCUACAGCUGCUUCCCUUUAACAAUAAUAUAAAACAUGUGAGGACCGAGGAUCGAACCCUGAGGAACUCCACAUUCACCCCCUUAUAUAUGAAUAAACUGUUUAUAUGUGAGAUAUUUUCUUGCAGUCAUGUGGUUGGAUCAGAAGAAACAUCCCAAGUCUAAAAAAAGAAAGUUUUUCACUCACUUUUAAGACACAGAUCGAACAUUUCAGAUGGAAACCAGUAGGGAUUCGAUUUAAAUUGCAAUUUUCACGAUCUUUUUUCAAUCAAAUUUUUGAUUUUUAAUCUGCAUUUUUAACUCUAGUGAAACAGUUGAAUGAUUAUGAUUGUCAGCUGACUAUUCAAGGAACCAUAUUUCCCCAGAAAUAGACGUCACAUUUAAGAUUUUUUCUUAAAUUGAAAAAAAACAAAUCGAUUUUUGAUCUUAAAAAUCGUUUUAAAAAUUGUAAAGCAAAAAAUUGCGAUACUUUUGUGAAUCGAUUUUCACUCCCACCCCUAGAAACCAUGUUCACAGGAAAUCUGUUAAUUUGACAGGAGUUGUUAAUUAUUCGUGAACACGUUUAAAGAUCUUUGACUCAUGGCGGCUAAAACGGCGUGACAGAUCAUCCCAGUUACUCAUGAUGAAUUAAAAGAGGGUGGAAGGAUUAGUUCCCUUUAUUUAAUCUGUAUUUAUUCCUGUUAAAGAAAGGCUGAAAGGAUGGUCAGCCUGUUUCUAAACUACAUUUCUCUGGUUAUUACGUCACCUUGUUUCCAUGACGAUAGAAAAAACGCUUUAGUUCGUUUGUUUUGAGAAAGCGUCUCCUCCUCUCACGUCGUUUUAUCGCUGCUGAGAAAAAUCUGUUUGUUAGACUGACGCCGACAAAGCGACAAAGCGCCGCUCUCAGAUUCACCUGAACAUGAUGUCAUUAGAGUCGCACCUGCAGAGUCACGACGGGUGAGUCAGAUCAGAGGGACCGUCAGCUCUGGACUCCACCCUCCACAGAACUCAUCAGGGUGUUUCUCACCUGUCAGGCGCUGCUCCACCCAAACAGACUUAAUGACCCUGAAGUUGGAUUAAGAACCGACGGUGGUUUCUGUCAGAGUCCUGUAGAUCCUGAUGAAGCUGUUUCACUCCUGAAGGUUUGAGGAAAGACUGACGUUAAAGUAAAACGUGAAAUCUUCGUGUUUGUCUCUGAGCUCUUAGAACUCCGACAUGACACCAUUAAUAUAGUUGACAGUUUCUACCAUGUAUCUCUAUGAUACCCAAGACCUGAGAGAAUGAUGUUCAGGUGAGAAAAGGCUCGGUCACUGGAGAUUUAUGGGUUUUUGAGCAAAGUUCUGUUGGGAUCAAUUUCCGUUUUUGUUUUUCGGUUGACUUUGAUGGUUCUGAAUCUACUCUCACAUUUAUUUUACUUUAUUUUUGCUCCAUAAACUGAAAACAAAGAUGUGAAAUGAUCCUAAAUGUGGAGAAAAGUCUCUGUGAACCGGGUCAGACCGGGUUUACAGACCAGAACCAAAACUCCUGAAUCUCCAAAGUCAACUUCUUUAAAUGACUCUCGUCCUCUCUGUGAUCGAUCUCAGGGCGGCUCGUCUCUGGACCUGUCCCCCUCCGACAGCUGUGGGUCCGGGGGAACCUACAUGUGGGAUGAGGAGGGUCUGGAGCCUCUGGGGGGCGCCGUCACGUCCAACUCCAUCAACACCAACAGCAACACCACCCAUCACAUCGGGAGCUUCGACUCCGACCUGAACAGCCUCGUAAGUCUCUGAUGUUUGUCGAAGGCUCCUCGUGAAGUUUGGACCUCACGUGGAGCCGUAGAGCCGUUCUUCUCCUCCGCCGUCACAUGACCUGAUUCUGUCUGUUUUCGGGGUUUCCUCAGACAAAGAGCUCUGAAGUAGGACAGAGAGGAUGCUGCUGGAAUAUUAAACUCUUCUUUUUGUCUCUUUGCCGGUCCGACCCGGUCCCAGAAACAGACAGAAUCAGGUCACAUGACUGCAGACAGGCAGGAACAGGAGCAGAGCGACUGUAAAUGUCAGAUUUCUGUUUGAAGUUGAACAUUUUUGGACGGGUCUGAACUUGACGUCUCUCAGUGAAGCUUUAAUCUGAACAGCUGCUCUCUCACAGGUUAAUAGUUUAGAGCUGAACACUUAGACGUCGGAGUUAACCCUUCAAACACGUGUUUUAGUUUUUCUCUGUCAGAUCGAACCCUGAACUACGGUGUUUACAUCAACAGUGGUGAAUAAAAACAGCAGACUCGGUUUAUCUCCUUCUGAAUAUUUAAAGGUUGAAAUGUCAGUUAAGUCACUCGGUCGUUGCUGAACAAAAACCCGACUCUCUGUUCGACAUGAUUAAAUAAUGAGCUGCAAAGGUCGCUGAGAUCAGACUUCUGAUUCAGGUUUCAGAGCUGCUGUUUCUUUUUUAAAACCCUCUGACUCCCUCUAGUGUCUGAACGGUGAAUUACAACCUCAACUGCUGCAGGGGUUCAUUAUUAAGAGCUGCUCAUUACAGGAGAACUUGAUGAAUUUAAGUAUUUCUGAAUAUAUAAAUAUUAAGAUGAAGUAUUCGAGUCACAUUAAGAAAAAACAAAUCAAGACUUUGAGAAUAAAGUUGUAGUAAAAUCAUUAAUUACAAGAAUAAAGUAAACAACUAACAACAGGUUAGAAUAGCUAUUAGCUACGACUUUAUUCUGGUAAGUAGUUACUUUAUUAUGACUAUAUUCUCCUAAGUAAUGAUUUUACUACAACUUUGCUCUCUUAAGUAAUUACUUUAUUACGACUUUAUUGUGGUAAUGAUAUGCGAUGUCUUAAUUUUGUUUUCUUAAUGUGGCCCUUAUACUCCGUCAUAGUGAUCUGAUGUAUUAUUAUUAUUAUUUUAGGUCCACCUUUAAUAUCAGUCCCGAUUGUCUUGUUUCAUUUAUCGUUAAAUCAGAUUUUAAUAAAAACCUCGUCAGUCACAUUAAGAACAGACAGCUGAAAGAGAUUGUGGGUAGUUUUGCGCCUGAUUCAUGGUGAUGAUCUCUCUCUCUCUCUCUGGUGUAAAUUAGCUCUCUGUCUUAAUGUGGCCUGUGUGUUAACGAGCAGAGUGAUCCCCUUUAACGAGCUCUGAGUCUUAACGAUGUUAACGAGGGACGUUAACGAGCUCUGAACCAAAGUCUGACUGAAGUCUCCUUCUCUACAGACCUGGAAUCAAGAUUUGGCUGCAAUGAUUUAAUCUAGUAGAGUACAGGAAUGACCACUAGGGGUCAGCAACGAGCGUAUAUAUAUAUAUAUAUAUAUAUAUAUAUAUAUAUAUAUAUAUAUAUGCGUGUGUGUGUGUGUGUGUUUGUGUGUAAAUGUGAAUUGAAGCAAAGAGGAGGAAAAGGAGGAGAGAAGAGGAGGAGGAGAAAAAGAGAAAAACUCCUGAGAUUACAGUCAGAAAAAAGGGGAGGAAAGAAGGGGAGGAAAGAAGGAUACAAAAAAGGAGAGGAGAUAAGAGGAGAGAAAAAAGAGAGAGAGGUAAUGUUGUUAGGAGGAUGACUGCUCACAGCAACAGCAGGGACAGGUGUCUGUGUGUGUGUGUGUGUGUGUGUGUGUGUGUGUGUGUGUGUGUGUGUGUGUGUGUGUUUAAAUGCUGCACUUGUUCAGGUUGAAUGUUUGGUUUCCUCUCAGGUCACUGUGGUGUGACUAAGCUCCUGCAGACAAACACACUCACUGUGUGUGUGUGUGCGUGUGUGUGUGUGUGUGUGUGUGUGUGUGUGUGUGUGUGUGUGUGUGUUAGUCCUCUUCAGUCUCUCAGAGGAAACCCGUUUGUGUCCUCACUCUGAACCCGUCCUCUCUUUGUUCCUGCUUUUUCGAGGUCAGGUGAUCGGGUCGUGUUUAAUGAACUCAUUAAAAUAAAAAAUGUCGUUUAGUUUUUAUUUUUAUUUUUUUCCAUCUUUCCAUUUUCCUGUCUUUAACAGAGAAAUAAUUUUUUUCUUAUUUUAUCUUAGAAACAUUAAAACUCGUCAGACUUCAUCAUGUAAAUAUUUAUCCAGAUUUAUUCUUGUUCUCGUUUCUCUUCAUGAAGCUUCAGAAAAAAAUCAUCUUCCUUCUGCUUCCAUCAAACUUUUCAACCUCCUCUGUGGCUGCGUUCCUACAUUUCCCAGAAUGCCUUUCAGUGUUUGCAGUCUAAAUGUGUGUUGUCUCUCUGUGUGUAUGUGUGUUUCAGGACAUCCUGAAUAACCUGGAGUCUUGUGAUCUGGAGGAUGACGACCUCAUGCUGGACGCAGACGUCCCUGAAGACGGAUCUCUGCACAGCGGUGAGUUUGGAGACUCUGAGGUCUGUUUGGGUUUCAGAGGGACGGUUCCUCCUGGACUCCUGCUCUCUUGACUUUAACCCUCUCAGUUACAUUGUUGGACGGUUGAGUCUCCAUGGAAACAGACAUGGUUUAGUUAGAUUUCUGUCUGUACGCUCGACCGUUCAAUGGUCAGGUUACGAUAAGAGCUCCCUCUGCUGGAUCAGAAGAUCCUGCUGCUCGUUUUUAUAAGAACUUCUGGAGUUUCUUUUAAAAAGUGACGUCCUAAAGCUUUAUGAGGUUUUCGUCUCUCGUUUGUUUUUCUUCUUUUAAACUCGACCGUCUCCUCCUGCGGGAUCUUCCUCCUCAUUUUUAAGAUGUUUUAGACGUUUUUUCCUCUCCUGCUGGUUCUCUGAUGAACUCCCCGGUCUUCGUUCGUUUUUUCUCCUCUCUUAAUGAGCUCUUUGUCGUCACUGAUCACUCCUGUUUCAUCUCUGCUGGUCUGCAGACGGAGAUGGGAUUUCCCACAUGGCUGAGUGGAGGAGGAGGCAGCUCUGCUGGGGGACUCAGGACGUCCACAACGACAACGAGAGGUGAGGGACGGAGAUUCAGUCAUUCAGGUAUUCAGACACUCGCCCCGGAUUAACCUGCAGAGAGGAGUUACCUCUCAGAGGUGAACUGAGGCUGCAUCAGUUUGUUUGAAGGGAGUUCUGUUUUAAUGUGAUUUAAUGUGAUCUGAUUCAGACUUUUAUCUCUGUUUGGAUUGUUUUACACUUUUACUGCCCCCUUGUUUUGAGCGUUACUGUCACACUUAUUUUUGCAUAUUUAGAAAACUUUAUAAUGUAAUCGAGUCAGAGCAAUAAUGUAAAUAAAACUGUGAAGCGUUUCCUGUUUCUUUGCUGCAGGAGUGGAAUAAUAAUCUUCAGUAUUUCUGCAGAGAGCCUUUCAAAAAGCUCAUUUCAAGUGUUUUAUAUCAGACAUAAAAAAGGAAAGCAACAUAAAAACAAAUAGAAUUUGUAUUUUUAAAACAUUAGAGUUAGUAGAAUUUUUAAAAACAGCUCGUAGAGUCAACAGCGCAGAGAGGUUUGGGUGUUUUAAAGUGAUAAACAUAAAAUCAACUUUUACAGCAGACGUGUUUCUAACUUUAAAUUAACGUCAGUAUUAGGAAACAGUUUUUACACGUCUUUAAAUCAAAAAGGAGGAAAAGCAGACUGGAAUAUCUGGUUAGUGAGAGCAGAAACACUGAAGUCUUCUUCUCUCCGUCUCCUCAGUGAUUUUCAGUGCUACAAGCUGACCGAGGAUCCUGGAAACAAGAGGACAGACGGGACCCGAGAUGGGGAUCUCAUUCUGGAUCUGUGUUCUCCAAGGUGAUUUAAAAACCUCCAAACUGAUCUCACUCUAAUCAUUUUUGUCAUUUUAUGUUCAUAAACUUGGACCCAGUACUCUUCUUGUUUGUCUGACCUCUUCAGCUUUAUUCAACGUCGUUUUCACAGGUUAAUGAAGCUGUCCAACACAAAAAAAGCUCUGUUUUUUUAGUAUUAAUAAAGUCUCUGUUUUGGCCUCUUAUUCUAAACCCCGUCUGUUCGGUUCUUGCAGGUCUCCCAGUCUGUCUCUGGGUUCUCCUGGUCUGGGUCUGGAUGUGGAGGAGCUGGCUGAGGAGUGUUCGGCCGUCAAGUCACAGCUGGAGUUCCUGCAGAGGUUAUUGCUGCAGGUGAGAGACGAAGAGGAGGAGGAGGAGGAGGAGGAGAGGAGGAGGAGAAUAGGAGGAGGUUUUUCUAAGUUGUGUCCAUAAUUCAGCAAAAAUCAUUAUUUUAUUUUACAGAUUAUUUUAUUUUUACAAACUGAUCUCACUCGGCUCAUUCAAAAAAAACAAGGGACAGACAAUUAAAACAAAAUGUUUUUCUGUCAAAGAAAAUAUUUUUGCAUUUUCUGUCUGUGAAGAUUUAACAAUAUCUUUAAGUUGAAUAAUUUAUUUGUAUUAACUAAAAUAUAUUAUUUUUUAUUAUUUAAGUUUAAUUAAUGAUUUUCAUGUUUUCAUGAUUCAAAUUAAUUUCUAAAAUAUUCUUUUGAAUUAAAUUAGUUUUUUCAUUUUCAAAAUAUUUUAGAUUUUUAUUUUUUUUUAUAUUUUUCAAAAAUAAGUCAGUUUUCAAAAUUAUUAACAAUUUUUCUUGUUUUAAAAACAUAUUUUGUUAUUUUUUUCUAAAUUGUGUUUUCUUGAUUUUUUUUUGCUCGGAUCUUUUUAAAAUAUUUUUUGAGUUUAUAUGAAAUAUUUAAUAAUCUUCUGAAUAACCUCAUUCAGGGCAAACGUGUCCUCAUAUUAACCUGUUAUGACCACAUUCUCUUAAACUAUGAUAAACAUUUAAUUUAGCAGAUGACCAAUUAGACGUUAAAAAGUCCAUAAUUAUGAUGUAAAUGUUUUUGACGGUGCUGGGACGUCAUGUUUGUGUUUGUGUGUCGUUCAGGAGGAGGACGCAGACGACGACACUCUGACCACGGACACGCUGAGUCCUGAAACCAACGAGACCUCCCACAGCUCCGACUCUCAGGUCCGCUUCACCUUCAACCUUUAAAUCAUCGAUCAGAUCCUGAACGUCCUCACCUGCUUCUGGACAUCAUGAUUAUAUUUACGCCUCCCUCUGUCUGUGUGUGUGUGUAGGUGCAGAGUCUCCUGCAGGAGGUGCAGCAGCUCAGAGAGGAGCUGAGGAGCCGAGACCGAACCAUCGCCCAGCUCACCAUGCAGCUGGUCUGUUUCUAUUAAACCCCGCCCCUUCUCAUUCAUGCUGUCAUCUCAGAGUAAAGAGCCGUUCACUCACUCACUCACUCGCUCACUCACUCUGGUGUGUUUCUGUCAGUGUGAGCAGGCUGUUCCCGUGUCGGCCACCAGGUGUCACUGUCAGGAGGAGUCAACAGGAAGGAUGGAUCGACACACGCAGACGAGUGUGGCGGAGAGAGAGAGCGUGGCCUCGCAGACGCCCUGGAGAGAGCACACAGUGAGAACACACACACACACACACACAGAGACACACACACACACACACACACACACACACACGACGGUUACACAAUUACAACACAAAAAUCAAAAUAUUAACGGGUUUUUAGUUCUGGUUCGUACAGUUUUGGUCAAAAAAUCAAACAAAAAAAAUCGUUUUUUUGCAAAUCCUCAUUUUGGUUUUGUGGUGAAACAGAGUUUGACUCUCUGACUCCCCCUGGUGGAGAUGGCAGGUACGUCAGCCUAUUCUAGAGUGUGUGGUGUGUGAUAGCGCGGACUCCUGUGUGUUAGCAUCAGGAUAAAACUGUAUCGUCCCUCAUACUCCGACAUUAAGACAGCAGAGGUCCGAACACUAAAAUGAGGUAAAAACUUCGAUCAGCUGUUUCGGUGGAAACAUUUCUUCUGCCCUCGUUUGGUGACUUUCAGACUCUGCUCACUUCAGCUCGUUUUUUCAUCUCCUCAAGUAUCUUCAGAUAUUUCAUUUCCCCAAAGUCUUCAUAUUUUAAAUAUUUAUUUCAACAAACUUCAAACUUAUCUUUACAAACUUUUAAAAACUUUUUUGGUAAAAAAAAAUUAACUUCUUUCUUCUUUUCUCAAAUUUCAUUUUUUCUGACUCCUCAGCAGCUUUUCUUUUCUUAGAAAUGUAUUUUCUGUCUGAUAACUCGUGUCUCCUGAAAGGGCUUCUGGGUAAUGUAGUUUUGUAGACUUACCUUCUGUCUCAUGUCGGUUUUUCAGUCUUUUUUCCUCUGAGCAGACGUCCUCCCUCUUUUUUCCUCUCUUUGACGUUAUGAAUGAGCUCCUUGUCUCCUCCUCCUUGUCUCCUCCUUCCUGUCUCCUCCCGUCUCUCCUCAGGUUCCUCCUCCUGCUCCUUUCCUCUCUCCUCCUUGGCAGUAUCAGCGCUCCAGGCCUUACAGGGGGAGGCCCAAACCCAGCAUCCCCUCCCACCUCGCUAGAAAAAGUGAGUCCCGUAGUCUGUCCCCUUAAAUCCCGUCAAAACCUCCGAACCUCGACCACGACGACCCUGAAGACUUCCUUCUUCUUCUUCUUCAUCUCGUCCUCGUCUUCACCGUCUUUGGAUCGAUUGUCGAGUAAAAACUGGAUCUUCAGUCGAAAUAGGAAACAGAAAUUGUGACUCAGAGCAGAAUUGUUUUAAAAAAGUAAAACAGUUUUAUUAAAAAAAAACUUUGAAAUCAAAAUAACCCAGAAAAGCCUGUGAGGGUUCAAAGGUCAGUGCUGUUUUUAAUGGAGACGUGCUUUAACUGAAUUAAUAUUACACUCUGAAUUAUGCUCGGCUGAGGAGCAGCUGCUCUGAAUCCAGACGUCCAAAUUAGGAGUUCCUGAGUGAGUCUGAAGGUUAGUUUGACUUAUUGAUGAACAUUAGUGAAGAGAGUCUGAGUUUUAGUUCCUGGUUGAACUUUCUAAAGUCCGUCUCUGCCUCCUGAUGUCUUCAUUAACCCGCUCCAUGAAAACUCUUCUUCACGUGUUCGUCUUCCUCUCUCUGAACCUCCUCUGAAUAAACUCUGUUUGUUUGUCCUCUUCUGUGUUUUUAUCCCUCUAACACCCCCUCCCUCCUCUCUCUCUCUCUCUCUCUCUCUCUCUCUCUCUCUCUGUUUUUACCCCUCUGCUCUCGCCCAGGAGUGGAAAAUCUAGUGCUUUACUUCAGUGACACGGCGUGGUACGGUAGCUCCUUUUUUAAUCCUCAUCUCUCCUUCUUCAUCUUCAUCCUCAUCUGUUCUCACUUUAAAGCUCCAUCAGUGAUUUUUUUAUUGUUGUGAAUUAUUUUUUUUUUAAAGUCACUUUGAGAUUUUAUCAGUCAUUGUAAGUUUAAUUUUUUGCACUUUUUCCUCUUUUUUUUGUUUCUGUUUUGGUCUCCACCGCCUCUUAAAGUUAGUGUCUGUCUCCUCAGUCAGUAUGUUUCCAUGACACUCAAGAAAACCGAAUUAUCGCCUUAAGCCAGAAAGAUUUAGAAGAUCUUUUGUACCAACAGCCAUCAGGCUUUAUAACUCUUAUGUAAAUAAUAGGACAUAUUACUUUUAUGGACAUAUUACGAGAGACAACAGACAAUUGAAUUUACCUUCGGGGAUCAAUAAAAAUCUUCUUAUUCUUAUUCCAAUUAAGACCAGACAGCUGAAGGUCAUGUAAACACCUUAGUCUGACUAUAAUCGGACUUUGAGAACUCUCAUUAAGACUCCCAGAUAAUCUGAUUGGAAUUCGAUUUUCUCUACCAUGUAACCAGCCGGCAGUAGUCGGAGUAUGAUCGGACAAUGCAUGUGCGCCACGCCCCUGUAACCCGAUGUAGCGCAUCCAUCAUGUUGGACAAAAACAACGCUGUACAAUGCUCCAUCAGCAGCAGUUGUAGACACUUCUGACGUCUGACACGCGAUAUUUGACUGAUCUGUCAAACCGACGGAAAGGUCACGCCUUCGGAAACAUCAGCUGUUUUAAGACACGUCACACAACCAUCACGUGACGCUCUGAGGAAGACUGGUGCCAGCAUGUCGAAACAUGUCAGCGAGGUCAUUAAAAAACCCGUGUCUGUGUAAAAGAACUUCUGAUCGUAAUUAAUCAAAAAAGACACAAUGAACAUAAUCCAAGACGAUGACGUUUCACAGCCAGAAGGAAUAACCAAUCUCAAAAGAAAAUCGAGUCUGGCAUGGACAUGCUGUUGUUGUUGACGGUUGUAUGGGGUCGGAAACGCGGACAAGGAGGGAAGUCUGAUUCAGCGAAAAAGACAAAUUACGAUCUUAGUCCGAUUAAACUGUGACUGUAAACGAACUGAGUGAUGGACUCUGAUCGUCCCAGAUGGUCCUUCUGGUUCGGCUUAGACCUGAGUUUGUGAUCCAGGAUGUGGUUAGGACAGUAAAACACAUAAAUUCACUCCAAGUAGUUACGCAGAGGAGGAGGAGUCUCAGUUUCACUGUAAACGGUCUGUUUUGAGGUCUUUUCUUGUGUUGGGUAGUUCAGGAAGUCUUGAAGCGUUUUCUUUUCGAUUCCGUUUAUUUGUCGACCUUUGCGAUGGAGUUUCAGCUGGUAGUUCUGGGAGGUUAAUACUUUUGUUUUAAUCCUGAUCGUUUCACCUCGCAGACCCCAUAAAUCAGACAAAUUGAACUUUCAGAGGCCGACACGCGGCGAGGCGUAGAUUUACAACGUAAAGAGUUUAUAUACAAAACAUAAAGCAGUGAUAAGUAGAGCUCAUAAAGAACUUCCCCCCGCAGAGCCGCUCUCCUGACACUUUUACCCAUGAUUCAUUGCUUCCCCGAGGACGGGUCACACCUUCUCCUUCACACUGAAAUGAGCCCGGUGAAGCCGAGUCCAGAGGCCCGUCUGGAGUCGGCGCCGAGCUAAAAUUAUCUUUCUAAAUGGCUCUUAAAUGUUGAAUUAGACGAGCAGCACUUCAGUCGGGCGUGUUCGGUCACACUGAGGAGAGGAGAUCACUCAGGACGCCAUCGCCUCCUCCGCACCAGGAGGAAGAGGAGGAGGAGGAAGAGUGUGCACCGAGACAACAACAAGGAUUCUGGGAGGUGGAUCAGCAGACCGGUUCAAUCACUGUUGGGUCAGUCUGCUGUUCUUCACCUUUCUGGAGCGUCCGUCCACCUAUCGGUCCAUUUUUGGGACAAACUUAGUUAAAGUGAGUUUCAUUCAGACUAGAGAUGCACCAAUCCUUUUUUUUCUGAUCCAGUCCGAUAUCGAUACCUGGGCUGAGCGUAUCGGCCGAUAUCUGAUCCAGUACUACUGCUGAAGGGAUGAACUGUAUACCUGUGAGUGAAGGCAAACGCAGGGCGAGUGUGUUGGGGGGCGGUUUGGGGUCUGAGUUUUUGAACCUUAAAAAAAAAAGACAAACUAGAACUAAAGUUACAGAAAAACAAAUUAGUUUUAUUGUCGAUUACUGAGCGACAACAUGAUGGAAAAUAACUCACUACACAAGGAGCCAAUCAGAGGACAGCAGAGACAGGAAGAGGGAGUGCAGUGUGAAUGUGUGUGUGUGUGUGUGUGUGUGUGUGUGUGUGUGUGUGUGUGUGUGUUUGUGUUUACUGCUGGGACGUCCUGUAAGUCUUUGUCAGGGAAGCAGAAGAAAUUUGGCAGACGUCUGACUCGUCUAAGAAGGUGAAUCCUCGAUGGAAACACCUGCAGGAAGACAAGGACGCUCUUCUCUUCCUCUCCCAUCUUCUCUCUCUCUUUUCUUUCCUUCUCUUUCUCAUUAUCUCUCUCUCUCCCAUCUUCUCUCAUGCUUGAUGGACUCAGACACACUCUCUCACUCAUCACUGGCGUCCCUGCAGGAAACAGACAUGCUGCAGUACCAUCAGUCACCACCAGGUGUCAGUGUUCACCUGUAAAUAAGUCUAGUUCUGCAGAGUAACUGUAGAUGUCUUCAUGUCACUAAUACAGUAAACAGGCUCAGUGUUGCCCCCUGGUGGAGGAUUUUAAAGUGAUUUUAGAGGAUCCUUCAGUAAAACCUCUUCAGGACGGAGACAGUUAGACCUUUUUAAAGCAGAAAGAUCUUCUCAUGUUUAUGUUUGUCUGUGCUCCACAGUAAUCAGUGAAAACAGAGAAAACACUGAAGUUAAAUAGUUUCUAAAAAUCAUUAAAAAACACUAAAAUACUGCUGAAGUGAGCCGGACUAAAGCCUUUGUGUUCAUAUUUACAGAGAAACUGAGACUAACCAGAAACAGAUGUACAGUCCGCCAAAAGAAGUAUUUGUUUAUUUCACUGUUUACCGUCAAACUUACAUUAACUGGAAACUAAUAACCAGUAAACUAAAAGUAGUGAAAUUUAUGAUUUACUAUAAAACUGAGACUUCUUACAUACGGUAAGACAGACUGAAGCCUCGAAGUAGCUGUUAUUUACAGAGAAACUAAGACUCACCAUUAACAUGUUCACAGUAAACCAGAGUGGACCCUCUGUGUUCGAGUGAGACCCAUCAGAACUGAUCAGAACAGUAACUUUAUGAAACUUACAGUAAAACUGAGACUGACCAGAAAAACAUCAACAUUGAGCAGCAGUUAAACAUUUAUUAAACUGAAACUCAGUCGACUCUGAUUAUAGAAACUAUCUACUGUUUACAGUGAAGCUAAGACUCACAAUCUAAAGAUAAACUGUAAGUCAGAGUCUGUAUUACCUACCAUAUACAGGGAAACUGAGACUCAUUGGAAACAAAUGAGCAGGAGACCAGAGUGAAGGCUCUGAGAGACUUUUUACAGAGAAACUGAGACUAACCAAAAACAGAUGUACAGUCCGCCAAAAGAAGUAUUUGUUUAUUUCACUGUUUACCGUCAAACUUGAAGUAACUGGAAACUGAUAACCAGUAAACUAAAGGUAGUGAAAUUUAAGACUUACUGUAAAACUGAGACUCAUUACAGACAGAAGUACAAUAAGACGGCGCAGGCGCACUUUUAUGUAAGUAAGUUAAAGUGAAAUAAAUCAAGUGUUUAUUGCCAUAGGACGUCAUUUUCAAGGCCGCAUGUUCAGAGCUGUGAUACAGAUUAGUGUCUCUAAGACCGAGCAGAUGAUUCAAACAAACCCAUCAUGAAGAAGUAAUGUUAGUGAGAAGUCUGUGUUUGUCGUCUCUGUAAAGUCUCCUGCAUGUUUUAAACAUCCCAAGCGAGCGGCUGAGGCAGAAACCCUCUUUGUUUGUCCUCGGAGGUAAAACACCGACUGAUUCUGGGAUAAGAACUGGAUUUUUUUCUUCUGUUUACUGCGAUAAUUCCAUCAAGGAGUCGUCGGUUUAUUGUUUCUGCAGGUUUAUGGAUUCAUGGUCUCUAAACUCAACGCUGGUGAUAUAAGACAAGAGGAGAGGGUCUUCACUGGGGGUCAGGAUCUGUCAGAGAAGAAGAAGAAGAAGAAGAGUGGGUUUAUUUCACAGAGACUGACAGGAUCAAUAAAACAUGACAGAUCUCGGCGAACAUCUGUUUCUCUCUUAAAUUUCUGCAGAGCGAGAACACGGAGCGGCGUUUGUUUCUCUGAUUACAUCCGAACCUGUCAGGAGGAAAAACUCUGAUUAUCUGGGAAGUCCAUGUUUUAUUCAGACUCAUGUUUUUAUGAAGACCAGAGUCUCUCUUUGUGGUCCUCCUCCAAAGUUCAGACCCUCGCCGAGUCUGUUUGGCCUUGGCGUGGUCCGUAAAUCACCUCGCUUCACUUUGUAAUAUCAGAGUUUUCUGUGAAACGUCUCGGCGUUUUCGUUUAUUCAGGAGGGUAAAUAAAUGAGAGAGGGGCGAGCGAGGACUGUGAAAUCAGAGCACACAGAGACGGCUGAUUGGUUUUUACUUCACAGGACUUUACCUCGAUCAAUAAACCCCGAUUGGAGCGCGGGAUGGAUUUCAUCGCUCAGAUUUGACUCCCUGACUGUGACUCUGAUUCAGAUUCUGUCCGCGAUCCGGAUUAUCAGAGCCGGGCGGAGGAUUAAAGGUGUCAAAGAAAAACCAGGAGCUCUGUAGUCCAGGAUCAGUCAGGGAGGACAUUCAGAUCAGCAGAGAGAGGACGGAAAGACGAGGGGGACGGAGUCAUGAAAGAGAGGACAGAGAUUAGAAAAAAAUGGGUUUAAAAGGAUGUUUGUUAAAAGUGAGAUAUUUAUUCAAAAAAAAAAAAAAGAAACGUGAUGAUGGAAAAAAUAUGAGGAAAUGAUAUUUAAGACGUGAAGAGAGAACUGAGGAUGCAGCAUCUACGGUUUCCAGUUCUUUGUUGAAAGUCCAGUUGUCCUUUCUAUGCUGUGUUUUCUACUCCAGAGUCCUGUCUGUUUUUAAAGGGAUAUUCUGGCGUAAAAUUAAUUUAGAGUCAAACCCACCACACCGAGUUAGACACCCCCUCCAGAGAUGAAUGUUGCCGACCUUUCAUUUCUUUAGCAAAGAGACUAAACACAACUCGCCGACUGUCUUCCAGCAGCCGCUUGUUUGUAGCGAGACCUCCGGGCAAGUCCACUGACUGCAGUGGAGUUUCGCAGCUCAAGGAAGAACAUUUAUGAUCAUUUCUUUAUCAUUUCCUUGAAGUAAUAAUCACCAUAUUAAUCAUUUUACAGACGCAGUAGUUCUUCUGUCUUAGCGUCUCGGUCUGAUUGUAUUUCCAUGAAGAAAUGAGAAACUUUUGAAGACAAGACACUUUUAUUCCUAAAUGAGCUCAUUAACUGGACGAACAGAAGGAUCUGGAGGGUACAGAGGGGAUAAAGUUCGGACAUUUUGAUUAACGGGGACUUUUUUUAAAGUGAGGACAGUGUUUUUAACGGGGUCUUCAGCGACCUGCCAACAUUUAGGUGAUAAAAUCCGGGAGAUUUUUUCGGCGAGCGUCGGGCAGUUUUGGGGUUCCCUUUUAAGGUGGAUAUAAGCUCAUUAUGAGAGUAUUUGUAUUUAGAUUACUCAUCCAAAUGAGUCUAAGUGAAGCUGCACACUUUUUUGUUUUACCGAUAACAAAUAGUAAUAAAAAUAAUAAUAGCAAUGAUCUGUCUUGAACUUAUUUAGUCCAAUAAUAUUAGUGUUAAAGUCCUCAUCUGUUUGGCUCUCUGAACGUCGUCGUGAAAUACAGCGCUCUUUUAUCUGAGGCUGCCCUGAACGCAUCACUACAAGACAGUGAAAGACUAUCAACAUAAAUAUUAUAUCUCACCUUUGUUUCCCUUUCAUUAAAGUGUUCAUUUUGCAACAAACACUGUUCAAAUAUAGUUUACAGGUUAAACUGACCUGAAUCAUCCCAAACUGUAAAGUCAAAGUAUCAAUCCAGAGUCUGUGAGGCUCAGCAGAAACACAGGACAAUCUUCGGUUGUCUGGAAACUUUAGACAAAUAUAGUGAUCUGAUUCAUGGAUGAAGGUGGAACAUCAAACUACGGAAGAUUCUGGGAGAAAAUGGGGGCGGGAGAGUGAAAAACGGGAGUGUUGGCAGGUGUGGUCUUCAGGCCCUGACUCUGUACCUCUGGACAAACUCAGGUUUAUAAACCCCUCUACAAAAGUCAGACUCUGGUUCCUGCUGUUCAAACUCCGAGUUCCUUUAACUCGGCUUGUUUCAGAUUCAACACGGUGAAGUCAACAUGAAGGAUUUUAAAAGUUUCCUCAUGAGUGGAAACAGCCCGACAUAGUUUCAGUCUGUGUUAUCGUCUGUGUUACCUCCUCAAACUUUAACCUGAAGUGACUCAGAGUUUCUCUGAUUAGAUGAAAAGAGAGAAACAAACUCAUGAAGUCUUUCUUCUUCUUCUUCAAAAAUAGAAAAAUCGGUUCAGGUUUCAACAGACGCAAACAUAUCACACAGCAGGACGCCACAGCUUCAUCAAAGCAAACACACACCCAUCAAACAGGGCCGCACACACACACACACACACACACACACACACACACACACACACACACACAGAUCAAAGCAUCGAUGUCCGAAAUGACCAGCAGUCAUCAGAGAGAAUAACUCUGAUUUUUAAUCUCUUAUUCUCUCUCAGUCUGAGAAAGUUCGUCUGCGUCUCACCUCCACAGACGAUAAAUAAUGAAACAAAGGAGAUUUAGGACAGACAGACUAAAGGACGGACAGACAGAAAGACAGACAGAUGGACAGAGGUACAGAGGGAUGACAGGACGACAAAUAAAAGCAGGACGUCCGCGAUUCAGAGCUCCACAUACAGACGUGACAAACUACGAUCAGAUCUAUAUUCAGAUUUAUGUCGAAGUCAAGAUUUAUGGAUUUAGAACAAAGAGAGGAGAGAAGGAGGAGAGGAGAUAAGGAGAUAGGGGGAAAGGAGGAGGAGAGGAGAUUAGGAGAUAGGAGGAGAUAAGGAGGAGAAGAAGCAGAGUCCUGUUAACCUCUUUUUUCUCUUUGUCGUCUUUGUUUCAGUCAUCGGUACUUCACUCCUCCAGCCAGGACGACCAGAAACCACUGACAGACCCAUGCUCGGCUCCACCCCCACCGCCACUUCAAGCUCCGCCUCCUGCUAACACCUGCCCCGCCCAACCCGCCCCCACCUCCGCCGUCACUGAGGAAGAAACGGACGAUGAGAAAAGAGCGAAGAAGGAGAGGAAAGGAAACCGAUCCCUGCUGCCCCCUCAGCCCUCUAAGCUCCGCCUCUUUCAGUCUCUGACCCCGAGCUCUGCUGCCUUCACGCCACCACCGCCGCCGAAGACGAAGGCGGUCAGACAGCUUUCUCACGAGUCAGAGAGCGGCGGCACAGCGGGGGUUAAAGUGAAAACACCGGUUUUAAACGGGUUGUCUCGCCUCCCGAAGCCAAAGAGCGGCUGAAACAGAACGGCGACUUUUGACUCUGUAAUCCUUAAUCCAGAUUAUUAAACUCGGAGUACGGCGUGGUCACAUGACAAGGAGGUUAUUUAAAUGAGCAGGUAACUUAUUUAUUAUUUUAUUUUGAGCACUGACACAGAGACACUUGAUUUCACAGGUCCUGAAGUUCCUUAAAUCUGUCCUGACAAAUCUGUAAACGAAGACUGAGAUUAUCACGGUUUUAAUCCGAGGAGGACGAAUCUCACAGUCUCACUUCUUAUUGGCUGAAAUGUCCCUUUAAGGAUUAAAACCUCAGCUUCCCCUCGGUUCUUCAAAACUCAGUUGUUGAAAUAUUUUCUCUGUAAUUGGAUUAAAUAUUCACAGAGAAGGUCAGACGUGAAGUUUAAAAAGUUAAAUUUAGUUUUAACUAAACAGUCAAUAAUCAAAUCAAAGUCGUGAUAAAUCUAUGAACUAAAUCAGAAUAACUGUAAACACUAAAGAGAGACUUAAGAGAACCUCAGGACCGGUCCAAACUCUCUGUUCUGAUCCAGUCAGUCUGUUUUUAUUUAUUUAUUUUAUCAAGUUAACUGUAUAAACUCGAAACCGUCUCUUCCUCACGCCGCCGACUCGCUCGCUCUGACUCCUUGUGACCCUCCUGGUGCCUGAUCUUCUUCUUCCUGACUGGACUGUAGAAACUCUCGCUGCUCCUCCUGCCUUCAUCCUCUCCUAGUCUUCCUCUCCGGGGGGAGAACUGUUACCCGACACGCCCCUAAAUAAACCCCCCAAAAACGCCGGAUCCUUCCUGGAAUCAGAGCGUCGUCUGAAACCUGCUGCUGCUCCGUGAGUCGAACCCUCCUGACCCUCCUGCUCUUCAUCUUUGCACUGUUGGUGUUCAGACUCUGGAUUUCUGUCUUUCUCUCCUCUCUUCGCUGUAUUCAGAAAACCUUUUUAAGGACGGAGAGUUUAAAGUCCUCCUCCGAACAGGACUCAGCUGUUUCUCCUCUUUAAAACUCUGUCUAAGGGCUCCACAGGUGGUCGAACGCCAUCCGUCUGGUGUUGGGAGGAGUCAGCAUGUCCACGUUUUUUGUAAGGAUGAAGGUCUCAUAUGCUUCAAACAAAUGUCCUUUUCUGCUCUUUCUGAGUGCAGCGCUGCAGAUCAAGAUUUUACAAACUAAGAACCUGACACUAGAAAUACCAGAAAUAAUAAUAACAUCCAUGAAUCUGCUUAAACACGACAAAAAAAGACAGUUUCGCUCCAACAGGCCUGUAAAAUCUUCAAACAUGCUUUUUUAACGGUGUGUUUGGUGCGUCUACACACUUGAUUCACCAACAAUAAUGAUCCAAAGUUCAGUGACUGUGAGCUACUUUUAAUCAGGAAUACAUCCGGAUGUUCCUCAUAGAAGCUCCUGCAUGUUCUGGAAACUUCUCCAUCUUCUUCUUAGUGUCAGUUUUUAUUCAAUUCUUACUCAGAGAUGAUCGAACUGAAUGAAUUUUAACGGCACAGUAAGAUUCAAAGCCAAUGCAAAAGCACAAAUUGACACAAAUCUGAGACAAGCUUUCUUAAAACAAACCUCAUUUAAAAAACGUGCGUUUUAAGAGCUGCUCGCAUGUUGCCUCGCAGACAGACCUGACAAAUCCUGCCUGUGGAGUUUUUCUAAAUCUGCAGCAUGAUUUUGUUAUUUCGGCAUCAGUUCAGACCGUUUAUUGAGAUUAAAUCCCAGUCAAAGUUGAAUUGAAAGUUUCCCUAAACCAAACCUCAUUUAAAAAACGUGCAUUUUAAGAGCUGCUCGCAUGUUGCCUUGCAGACAGACCUGACAAAUCCUGACUGGAGAGUUUUACCAAAUCUGAAGCAUGAUUUAAUUAUUUCGGCAUCAGUUCAGAACGUUUAUUGAGAUUAAAUCCCUGUCAAAGUUAAGUUGAAAGUUUCCCUAAACCAAACCUCAUUAAAAAAAACUUGCAUUUUAAGAGCUGCUCGCAUGUUGCCUCGCAGACAAACCUGACAAAUCCUGACUGUGGAGUUUUUCCAAAUCUGCAGCACAACUUUGUUGUUUUGGCAUCAGUUCAGACCCUUUAUUGAGAUUAAAUCCCCGUCAAAGUUAAAUUGAAAGUUUCUCACAUGUCGUUUUUCAUGACUGGACGUCUUGUCUCCACCUCAUGCAAAGACUUACAACAGUGUGAUUGCUUUCAAGGCGAUAACUGCGCUCGGUUAUCCGUCUUUGAAAUCAAAACAAAGACACACAGAGAGUUCCUGGAGCGAGACAAAAGAGAUCAUUGGAUGCACCAACAGGAAGCCAAUCACAGCGGGCGUUUCAGAGACGGGCAGUGAAGCCGUUUGUGUGAAGCAUAAGGAGGUCAGAAACCUUCAGAAAGGGCGUGUGGACUCAGAGGGAAGUGGAGGUUUCUGAUUUCGAGCUGCAGAGGAAGAGUCUUCUGUCUUUACUCGCUGACAUUUGAGAGAUUUUGGACUGAUAUUUUCAUUCAGGAGGUUUUUCAGGCUCUCUCUCCUCACAUUAACAUUUUAUCAUUCUGCAGGUAAAAGAGACGAAAAAAAACCCUGCUGAAACGUUCAAACGAGCCCGCUGACAUUUACUCUCCGAAGACGCUCCGACAAACUGAAACACGAUCUCAUUUCUAUCAGAGCCGGUCUGUCAGGAGGAGGAGAGCCGCCUGCUUCUACGAUAACCUCUAUAUAUGCAAUCAAGUAUGCAAAAAAACACAAAAAAACAUCAUUAUCCUGUAGGUUUCAAUCCCACUCAUAGUUCUGCUUAUGUGCCCUGGAGCAAGGAAGGAGGGAGGGGUCAAGAAUAUGCAAAUUUACUCUCAGCUUAGGUCACAUGUCACACAGUCGGAGACGGUCUGAGGUUCGAACUGGAAUUAAAAAUCUGAAAUCUGAAGGUAAUUAAAGAAAACAGCAACAACAACAUCGGCAGCUUUUAUACCCUCAGCUGAGAUUAAAGCGGAUUUACCUGCUGAAAGAGUUUCUGCUUCAAAAAGUCUCUAUAGACUCGAUUUAACAGGAGAAGUUCAAAUCAAUGUUUCCUUUAGAUAUCAUAAACUCAGAAAGGAGGGUUCGAGUUUCUGAUGUGUUCGAGAAAUCUGUCCGCAGAGUCAGGAAAGUUUGUUUUUAAGUUUCUUUAAUAAUGUCCUGAUACAAGAAACUUAAAAAGAGAGAGGUAAGAUGUUCCUUUAAUAGUCCUACGAGGGGAAAUUCCUCCAGAAAAGCACUUUAAUUAAACCAUCCUGUCAUUAUGAUUAUUUUUAUUAAUGCUAUUUGAUGCAGUCAUGUAACAGAAACUUUGAUCUGGAGUCCUGGAGUUGUAAACAAUGUCUGAAGUGGAUCAGAUCAAAACUCCAGUGACUAAAGUCAAACAGAAAAACUCGGAUUCUGACUGUUUUGACCUCCUAAUAUCGUCUUUCCUGUCAAAGUCAAAGCGUCAACCCAAGAUCUUUUUCUUUAGAUCUCUCCACGCUGCAUCUGUUCGCCAUAUUACCCCUUUUUAAAGAUUGGCAGGGGGCGCUAUGGAGCGGUUAGAAACACCACCAUGAGAAACUUCUGCACAAAAACCUUGUUGUUGUUGUUGUUGCUGUUUAACCCCCAAUUUCCACCGCAUCCGGAACGGCGGCGAUCUGUUUGUGAGGCGAAUUUCGUGGUGGAUUACAGACAGCAGGGAUCACAAGAACUCAAAAGAACUCGGGGAUUCAUGUUCAGUCGCGCGAUUACGAGAUGUCUCUUUAAAGACAGACACAUAGACAUAUAAGCAGUAGAUUGUGUCCUUCCAGAGGAGGAAAUCUACUUCUAGACUUCUAGAAUCAGCAUCUCCUCAUCCAUGGUGUCAUCGGGGUGAAAUGACGUCUAAAAACCUUUCACUUGUUCGUCUCCGCCCGUAAUGUGAAAUAAGAUCCGCCGGAUGUUUUACUUUGUCUCUGUGCCUCAGCGUCCAGAAAAAGUAGAACUCUUGUGAUCAGCUGAGGAGUCCGGCGAUCCGCAGAGGAACGGAAAGAAGUCGGUGUAAAUUGACACGUUAACUUGAAUUGUUACGAUCAGCUACGAUCGGAGGAUACGACCUUUUAGGAGACGAUCAGGAUGAAGGUGGAAAUUGGGGGUUACUUUCAAACACUUGAAGAAAUCCGACGUCCGUUUGCCGAACCUUCAGAAAAUACCUGCUGGGGUUGAUCGACAGUUUCCGAUCAGCUGAUCGUCCCGCUGCCUCUCCUCUCUUUUCCGUUUUUUUAGAGUCCAAGUUUCAGCUGCCGUGUCGGUGAUCAUCGCUCAGUAUUUAAAAACGAUAUUUAACGUGGAGUCGCCUUUAAUCCUCACAGUUAUGAACUCAUAUCUACACUCUUAACUAUUCAAUCCUGCUGUUCCUGUGCUUUUAUUUUGAAACUUGAAGGGACAGGUAUCUUAUUCUGAAAAGAAAAGCAUCCUGCCAUAUUUCCUGCUGGUUUUUUUUUUGUUGGUUUUGAUUUUUGUGCAAUAACUGGAUGUUUGACCUGCUGCAGCGUUAACUCUUUAUAUUUAUGUUGAAUUCUGUACAGUGCCGUCACUACGAUAAAUAUUCACGUUCACUUUGAAUCGUUGCUUGUGAAGCGUCUCAGUCUGAAAGUGCACUUUAAAUGAACGCAGAGUGAAAAAGAAAAGUUCGUUUUUGCUGAAUUUAAACUUUUUGUCGAGGUUUAAACUGACGCUGCGUUUACGUCACAUGGGAAGAGAUCGAACCAUUUUAGUUUUUAGAAAUGUCCUCCAAUAAUCGGGUCAGAAAAAAGACGUUUAAAGCUCAAACAUAUCUCCGUCUGACUCCAGAGGUCUGGUUCUGGUCCUCCUGGGUGUGUUCAGACCUGAAGUUAAACUCCAUCCUCUCCUGGUUCAUGAACACGAGUCAACGAGUCUCUCCAAAGUCGCCCCCUGGUGGUUGAUCCUUUAAUUUUUAUGUUCCUACGGCCUGACUCCGCCCUGAAAAUGUUCCCAUGUGAUGUAAACGCAGCGUCAUCGGCUCACACCUCCGUGCUCUGUUCUCAUUGGUUGAAAAUUUGAACCCUGACGUGAUUGGUUUAAAACUAAUUGAUGUUUAUGAGGCUCAGAUCAUGACCUUGUUUGAUCAUGUCUGAUUAUCAUGUGUGUUUAUUUUACCUGUCAGACCUGUAACAAAAGCCCCUCCCCCUGUUGUUGCUGAUUGGUUGAUAUUUCACAUUCUCGCCUGUCAUUGGCUGAGAGUCUCUGAUGCUGCUGAGAAGCUGAAAUAAAAAUAAUCUGAAACUGAAA